CCUGAAUUAAGCCGUUUGAUCUCAUUUUCAAUUACAAAUAGUUAUAUUAAUCGACUACUUGGUCGUUUAGAGUACAUGCAUCAAAUUACUUGCUUAAAUUUAUCGAAUAAUGCUUUUGGUACAGAAUGGCAAGAUCCUCUAGCRUUGGAAAAUCUUAAAAUGUUAGCUAUGUUAGAUUUUUCCAAUGUAAAUAUAUCAAGUUUACCUACCAUAAAAAGUCAAGUGCCGAUGUUUUGGUUGGACGUUUCAAAUAACGUAAAAAUUCAUUGUGCAAGUCUUCUAGAUCUUAUGGAAAGAUCAAGAAAUGCCAAGUACAAAUUGUAUUUUAAAAAAUAUAAUGAAACAUUUUGUAUGUCAUCACUGUCAUUUCACUGGUUCAAUUCCACUGAGAAGGUUGCAUUAAAUCAAGUAGAAAUUAUUAACAAGUUAUACGAAGAUUGUCCAUUGAAUUGUAGUUGUAAGUGGCAUGGUAUAGAAAUGGUACAAGAAACAAAGACACUACAUACCGUAGAAGUAGAUUGUUCAAAUAAACAACUUUCAAGUUUACCGGAAAACYUACCAGAAAACACUGUGUUAUUAAAUGUCACUAACAAUAAUAUCACCAAUAUAGAUGUAUUAGUAACAGAUCAAACUUACAAAACUUUGAGAUUUUUUUAUGCUGAUGAAAAUAAAAUAUCUAACCUUUUGUCAUUGGAAGGUUCAACUUUUAUAGAAAACUAUGCUGUUCUGAGUUUGAAACUAAAUCAAUUGAAAACAGUAAGUAUAGUUCCAUUACAAUAA